AUGUCAUUUCCGGAGCCCAUCCUCUAUGAUAUUAAGCCUACGGCUUUGAUACCGAACUCUCUCAACCCACUCCUUUUAUAUAAAGGUGUGUUCCUUAAUGAUGGCAAAGUCGACGCUGUCCGUGCGUUUGACACUUUCAGGUCGAAUGGAUGGGACGUUCAAUGGGUGACAAGAUAUGGUCGCCAACAACGGUCACACUACCACGCCCAUACCCAUGAAAUGAUGAUUGUCCUCUCCGGACCGGGGAUCAUUCGUUGGGGCUCAGCAGACCUCUCCGAUGAUCCGGAAGAGCACACUUAUGGAGAUGCCUACGAAAAGACUGGCGUGGAGGUUGAGGUGGAGCCUGGUGAUGUUUUUGUCAUCCCAGCCGGCGUGGCACACAAGUCCUACAAUCCACAGGCCGAGGGUGAAGCAUUUGGGGUCUUGACAGGUUCAGCACGCGGGAUUGAGUCUUUCAAGCCACGGGAAAAGGUUGCAGAGCUCCCUUUACACGGAUUCAUGAUGAUGGGUGCCUAUCCAGUCGGCAACAGCUGGAACUGGGGCGAGGGAGGCGAUGAUAUUGGCAACUAUCACAAGAUUUGGAACGUUCCGAACCCCAAGUUUGAUCCUCUUGUUGGCGCAAAUGGCGGUAUUCAUAAGUAUUGGAAGCAGCAAACGUAUGAGAGCAAGCUGUGA